GUUUCAUUCUUCAAGGUAGGGGAUCGGGUGAUGGCGUUGAUGCGCUCGGGCAUGUGGCAGGAGGAGGUGACUGUGCUCUCAGCCCAGACCUUUCUGAUGCCUGAGUCCAUGACCUUUGAGGAAGCUGCUGCCUUGCUGGUUAAUUACAUCACAGCAUACAUGAUCCUCUUUGACUUUGGCAACCUACGGCCUGGCCAAAGCGUCUUGGUACACAUGGCUGCAGGGGGUGUGGGUAUAGCCGCCUUGCAGCUGUGCCGAACAGUGGAGAAUGUGACAGUGUUUGGAACGGCCUCGGCCAGCAAGCAUGAGAUGCUGAAGGAGAACGGGAUCACAUAUCCCAUUGACUACCACACGACUGACUAUGUGGAAGAGGUCAAGAAGAUCUCCCCCAAAGGCGUGGACAUCGUCAUGGACCCUCUGGGUGGGUCAGAUACUGCUAAAGGCUACAACCUCCUCAAACCCAUGGGCAAAUUGAUCACGUAUGGAAUGGCCAACCUGGUGUCAGGCCCCAAGCGGAACCUGAUGAACAUGGCACGUAUAUGGUGGAAUCAGUUCAGCGUGACAGCUCUGCAGCUGCUGCCGGCCAACCGGGCUGUGUGUGGCUACCACCUGGGCUACCUGGAUAGUGAGACAGAGCUGGUCAGUGGUGUGGUGACCCGCCUCCUGGCUCUGUACAAUCAGGGCCACAUCAAACCUCACAUUGACUCUGUGUGGCCCUUCGAGAAGGUGGCGGAUGCCAUGAGGCAGAUGCAGGAGAAGAAGAAUGUGGGCAAAGUCAUCCUGGUGCCUGGGCCAGAGAAGGAGAACUAGGAUGGGGGCUGGGAGACCCUCGGGAAGAGAGAAGCUGGGAAGCCAUGUUAUGGUGGCCCCCAGAUCCUCGAAUUUCAUCCUUUAUCACAAUGCUCUGCCCUCUUUCCCCCAAAGGUCUCUGUGGUGAUGACCUCUCCCCUGCCCUGUUUUUUCUCUUUAGCCAGGGCUGCCCCCUCCCUCCUUCCUGCCCUCUGAAGAGGUUGGGAAGUGACCACUUGGAUGUCUGGGCCCCGCCAAGGGGACAGGGAGGGACAGAGGGAGACCGGCUGCUUCCUGCCCCCACCCUUUCCCUGGGCCUGCUGUGCUGCUUUUGUGCCAAGGCUAGCCAACCCCUUCCCGUUCUGUUCUACGUGCUUCUGCCUCUGCCUCAUCUCCCUUCCUGCCCCUGCCCCACUACCUCCCCCAAAGAAAUGAAAUGUCAGCUCAGGAUAUGGGGCCAAUCUGUGUGAGUCCAGCAUGUCCCUGUUUCGCCCUAGUGUCCCUUCAACCCGGGCCGACCAGCGCCCACCUCUGAACUUCUUUGCCUCAUUGUAUGGCCUCAUCUUCUUGUCCCCCAACUUCUUAAGCACAAUUGAGCUUCUUCCACCUCCAGGUUUCCUGCCACUCUUUACCAAGGUUGCCUCUUACACCAAGGGCAGGAAUCACAACUGGUCCCCUAGGUCACAACUCUGUGGGAGGGAUACAGAGGCCCCCUUCCUUCACUGAGUUCUCUGGAUUUGUUCUCAGUGCCUUAGCAAUGGAAAACCUGUGCUUGUGUAUAUGGAGGGGUCCCUGUCUCACACCUCCUUCUUCACCCUUGUACUCCCCAGUGCCUUCCUUGUUUUGAUGGAGCUGGGUUCUACUGCUCCCCAGUUCCACAACACCUCCAAAAAUCUGUGAGUGUGCCAGUGUCGGGGCAGAGGCAGCCCCUCGCCUCCUAGGUCCUGUGCCAUAUCCUGCCUCUCUCUGGGGCUGUCAUUUCUCUCUCAAUGGUUGAGGAGAAAGAGGUGGGGAGGUUUUCUCAGCCUUGCAGAUAAGGAUGGCAUUUACCAGCCAGAGUCCUGGGAGUCAAUGCCGUCUAUUUCUUGUUCUGGGACCAAAGUAAAAAUUAAAGCACAUCCCUGUGCAGUUAUGGGAGGCCCCCUGCCCCCUGCCUUCUCAGAGCAGGGAGGUACCUUUCCAAAUGCCCCAAACUUUGUUUACAUGGGUGGGGAGAUGAAGUGAGGGAGUAAAAUGGGGUGGGGGGGAGCGGGUUAGGAACUGGGCCCUGGGAACCAAAGUGGGGACUUCCUAGGGUACAGGUGUAGCUCCCUCUGCUCUCUGAGCUGGAAUUAAGAAGGGUUAUUGCCCCAGCCAUUGCCAAUGGGAGGUGGCGGGGAGGGGUUCAGCCUCUUCAUUGUCUAAAUGAGGCCUAAACGGUGUGAAGUGCGACUUCUGCUUUUGUGUACCCCACCCCAUGACCGAAGCUGCCUUUGUGUUUGUGUCAAUAAAAAGCUAAACCCUG